CUUUCGCUGGGGAAACGAUGGCUGCCUCUUGUACUGUCUUUCUCUUGGCUCUGGGAACGUUGACAGCUCUCCUCGGAUCUUAUCAUUCGGCUAAAGCUGCAUAUGAAGCCGGGCACCGACAUCCCACCGUUGCAAAAGAGUUCUUUGUGGACGGCACCAAGGGUAGUGAUAGUAACCCUGGAACAGAGAGUCUGCCUUUCAAGACUCUGACACACACCAGAGACACCAUAAGAGGUCUCAAGAGCAGCAGUGGGGGUGGUCUACCAGAGGGAGGAGUGAUUGUAUCUGUGAGAUCCGGAGACUAUUUGUUCACCGACGGCCCCCUGGUUCUGGAGCAGCAAGACUCAGGGCUGCCUGGAUCGCCAAUCAUAUAUCGCUCCUACCCAUCUGACCCAGUGGCGGCAAGACUGACAGCAGGGGUAACUAUCUCCCUGGACUCCACUGAGCCAGUCAGAGACCCCUCCCUCCUCACUCUUCUCCCUCCUCGUCUCAGGGAUGACAUCGUCCAGGUGGACCUGAAGAAACUUGGGAUCACAGAUUACGGUAAACUGGAGUCUGGCGAGCUCGGAAACUGUGCCAACAACAAACUGGAGUUGUUCUUCCCAGACAGAGCCAUGGUUCUAGCUCGCUACCCCAACAUCUCCCCAGCCGGUGUCUGGCAGUUCUUGCAGGUCGAGAAGGUAGUCAACUCCACCAGCUUUCAGUACUCUGACCAAAGGAUAUCUCAGUGGAAGAACACAUCAACCCUGUGGCUGCAUGGGUUCUGGAGCUACGACUGGGCAGACAACUAUGUGAGGGUAGAGAGUGUGGACAGGGCACAGUCAGUGCUUGUCACUGACCCUGCAACACCAAUACUCUAUGGUCUGAAGAGCCAUGCCAGGUACUACGCUCUGAACAUACUAGAAGAACUGGAUGACGGCAAUGAGGUAUUAUGGUAACGAAUAAUGACUUUCUGUGAUAAUUAUACACACCGUCCCCACAGUACUUUGUGGACAGAGGAUCUGGUAUAAUGUACCUUUUCAAACCUCCAGCCGAUGAAGUGGGUUGUGUAUCAGUAGGGGAGAGUGUGAUAACUAUGGACACAGUGUCUCAUAUGACAGUCACUGGAUUCAAAGUGGGCUGUACUCGCCAGACAGCCAUCACAGCCACUAGUGUGUCGUAUGUGGAGUUGGCCAACAUGAGUGUAGUACACAGUGGAGACAGAGGAGUCUAUCUCUCUGGUUACAACAGUACCGUCAGAAACAUUACGGUGGAGGGGAACGGUUGUGGUGGUAUUGGAAUGACCGGUGGGGACCAACUGAGUCUGACUCGAGGCAACAACCUCCUGACCCAGUGUCUGGUCACGGACUGGUCUCGCUGGAAGAGGACCUACCAGCCGGGCAUCUCCUGGGGAGGAGUCGGAAACAACUUCACCAACAACAGGCUCUCCAAUGCUCCACAUGCUGGGAUACUCGGUGGAGGAAACGACUGUCUGUUUGAGUUCAACUCUCUCUCUGACCUGUGCUACGAAGUGACGGACAGUGGUGCGUUCUACACCGGCCGCAGCUGGAUCGACCGUGGAAACGUCAUACGACACUCGACCUUCACCAACAUUGCAACCACGGAGAAGGUGUACCUGGGCUCACCAUCUGUUCAGGCCAUCUACUUGGAUGACCAGAUGAGUGGUUACAUGAUCUACAACAACACGUUCAUCAACUGUCAUGCGGGGUCGUUCAUAGGAGGUGGUCGGAGAAACCAAGUUCUCAAUAACACCUACUACAACUGCAGUCUAGCAGUACAUGUGGACAACAGGGGUAUGACCUGGCAGGCUGACGAGUGCAAGGAAGGAGGUCCGUUUGACCAGCAGCUCCAGUCGGUACACUACCAGUCUCCUCCCUGGUCGGUCCACUACCCUCAGCUGGUCCACAUAUUCCAAGACCACCCCUGUGUCCCUGUCUACAACACGGUGGAGGACAACCAGUACUGCCACGGGGAGUUCAUAGAUGUCACAGCAGAGGAGACAAGGGAGUGGCUGGACACGGUCGCCAACAAUACUAUACACUGUUGACUUCACCCCACCCAUUCUAUACCAGUUUUACCUUCCCCUCCCACUGCAUACAUUUUUGCUAUACUGUAUGGCAAGAUUUUUCUCUACCCAACCACAUGCACAUAUAUAUAUACAUUCUAUGUACCGUGCACAGAUGCCUUAUGACCUAACGCCUUCUUUCCCCUCCUG